AGCAUAAAACUUCCCAGUAAGACACAGGUUUUACAUUCACAACCAAGUGCUAGCUAGGCUUCCUCUCUAAACACUGGAUCCCAAAUGAGAAGGCCCCCAAAUAUUUCUAGACUGCUGUUGUUUUAUCCCAGGGAGCUUUCUUCCUGAGAAAAUGCCAACCACACAGAAAACGUUGAUGUUCCUGUCUGGCUUUCUUACAAGCCUGGGCUCUAUUGUUGUCAUCUGCUCCAUUCUUGGGACACAGGCAUGGAUCACCAGCACAAUUUUCUUCACAGACGCUAUCUCCAAUGGGACCAUUGUUAUCACCUAUGGGCUUUUUCGUGGUACAAGUUCUCAAGAUUUGAAUGAAGGCCUUCAAGAGCUGGACAAAAACUUUGAAGUUUUAGGGAUAUUGAACAAUUCUUCCCAGAAGUCUCUGCAUCUGGUGGCCAUCCUAUUCCUGGUCCUGAGUCUGGCAGCUUCUGUGCUGAGCUCAGUGUUCACCUUCUACAACAGCAUCAGCAACCCUUACCAGACGUUCCUGGGACCUAUGGGCGUCUACACCUGGAAUGGACUUAGUGCAUCCUUUGUGUUUCUGGCCAUGGUUCUGUUCGUGGGGAAUGCUGAGUCCAACCAUCUCUCAGAGGAGCUGUCCCAGAAGCUUUAUCCAGAUACCAUUAACGAGAGAACAACCCACACUUAUGGAUACUCAUUUUGGCUCAUCCUGCUUGUCAUCCUUCUGAAUAUUGUCACUGUGGUCAUCAUCAUUUUCUAUCAGAAGGCCCGAUACCGGCAGAAGCAGGAGCAGAGGAAGCCAGUGGAGUAUGCUCCAAGGGAUGGCAUUUUAUUCUGAGUCCUGUCUCAUAGCACACUUGCGUCAUGUCUGCCCAACUGGCUCGCUCCUCUGGACACUGCAUGGCAGAGCAACUGUCAGGUGCUAUAUCUUCUGGAACCAUGACACCAUGUCCUUCCUGUAGAUGGUACUUGUACCUUUCUCCAUGGACAUUCCCCUGAAAAGAGUUUUCACCUAGGAUCAGGAAAAUGAGUGGGAAAGGCUGUGGUCUAGAGUACUCCAAAAGGGAGUGGUCUGCGGCCUGCAGGUCCUUCUCAUUUGACCUUGCCAUCCACAAUAAUAAAGGUCUGUGGGGGUUUUUGCCUUUCCUGUGACUAGGUUAAUAGACUGUAGGCCCUAUGACCUUGUCCUCUGGAUUGAUCAGGCAUUUCACUCCAUGAUAAGUAUAAAGACUUUUAGGUAGAGAAGCACUCUGAACUUGCUUUUCCAGUCAGUAGUUAGAUACAGAAGGAUAAAGGAUGGGACAACCUCGUGUUCUGGUCCCUUGGUGGCUGUCAUGGCUUCCAGGCUUAGCUCCUUUAAUGAGGGCUAGACACUUAUGGAACUUGGGCCUUGGGAAACCCUGCAUGAACAGGUUAGAGGUAAAAUAUGGUCUUUUCCAAUAAAUAGGAAGUCAGCAAAAUAGCAAAAGCACCGAAAUUUAUUCUACAUGUUUUCUAGUACAACAUUUUCUUUUAAAAGUCUAAUUGGAAACCCUUCAGCCUUGACUAUCCUAUAAGUUGCCACAGUGAAAACUGACAGACCUGAAAAGUGAUCCCCUUUCAUGUGCUUAUCGAUAGAGUCUUAAAGCAGUAGCUCUGUGACAAGUAGUGGAUCUUAUGAAGCCCAAAGACUCAUAACUCAACACUCAGACUUAGAGAUGUCAGCUGGGUCCCACAAUGUUGGCAGCAGUGUGCUGGGUCCUCAACCUUGUGGUGUUUACUAUCUGGCAGACAAAAACAGACAUUUAAUAAGCUCUUACUUGACUCCAAUUAAAACAGCUGCUUAGGGUUGAGGGUCACCCUUUCAUUGUAGAACACGAAAGUACCUAGCAUGUGACAGGCCCUGGGUUCCAUCUCUACCUCUGCAAAAAUGAAACAAACAUGUAAUGACAAAACUGUACUUGUGGUUUGAAAGGAUGGAUCUCUAUCAUGCUCUACCUUGAAGACCUGCUUAGUCAAGAUUACUCUUACUCACUAAAUUAUUAAAAGUUUACUAUACU